CCAUCUCAGUUCGCAUCAGCAUUUAGCUUUCAUCGGAAAUUCGCCAUCUGUCUUUCAUCAUCGACGACAACCAACGGUGUGAUAUUCUUCGGUGAUGGGCCUUAUGUGUUUCUUCCUAACAUGGAAGUCUCCAACUCGCUUAUCUACACUCCCCUCCUCAUUAAUCCAGUAAGUACUGCUGGAGUCUCCACGAAAGGAGAGCCGUCCGUUGAGUACUUCAUUUGCGUGAAAUCGAUCAAGAUCAACGAGAAGACUGCCCUGCUAAAAGCAUCCUUACUCUCCAUCGAUAACAACGGCUUCGGGGGAACGAAAAUCAGCACCGUUAAUCCUUACACUACUCUGGAGGCGUCUAUCUACAAGGCUUUCUCUGAGGCUUUCAUUAAAGAGGCCAUAUCCAUGAAUAUCACUCGAGUUGCACCGGUGGCGCCUUUCGACGUCUGCUUUAGCUCGAAGAGUAUGGUGAGUACACGAGUGGGGCCCCGUGUUCCGACGCUCGAUCUUGUCUUGCAGAGUGAGACGGUCUACUGGAGGAUCUUCGGGGCGAACUCGAUCGUGUACGUGAACAACGAUGUGGCAUGCCUAGCAUUCGUUGAUGGUGGGUCUAACCCUAGAACAUCAAUCGUUAUUGGGGGCUACCAGUUGGAGAAUAAUCUUCUACAAUUUGAUCUAGCCACUUCAAGACUAGGGUUCACCUCCUCACUUCUGUUCAGGCAAACCACAUGUGCGAACUUCAACUUUACACCAAAUGCCUAGAUGGUCCUGAUAAUUACUUACUAUAGAAAUGUGAUUAUAUGCUCUUACAAUCUACGCCGUAUAUUUAUGAAUAAACGGCCACGGUCAUCUGUGGGCGCAUACCGGCUAUGUAAGUUGGGUGAUUUUCAUUUAUUUGUUAACGUUAAGAAACAUAAAUAAGUCCCCUGGUGGGCCCACUAUUAUAUCUA